AAGAGGCCGUGAGCUCCUCCAGUGUGCUAACCUAUUGUCACUCACAAAGGUGUCAACUUAUUCGGGAGUGUGUCGGACUAGCUUCAUCUUUUAAACAAGUACCGACCCUGAAGAUGUAAACGCGGACGCUUUCCCUGUUCACUCGAAAGCAGAACAACGGCAAGCAUCCAAUGAUAGGUGGUGCAAGUGGAACUUGACCCCUCCAGGCAAGUCGAGUCACCAUUUUCCUGCUCAUAAUGGGUUUAGGUGCUCCGCUGUAUGCAUGACUUUUGUGCGACCUGAUGGGAGGAUACUGUGGAUAGUACUUUCAUCAGGAAACAAGAAGAAACAUCUCAUGCCCCCGCUUUGGAGGAGGGCCCCAUCAGAAUGAAGAAGAUCAGCCUUAAGACCAUUCGGAAGUCCCUGAGCAUAAAGGGCAAAGAGGAGGGCGACUUUGUCAUGCUCCAACAGCCCGCAGUGACCACAGAGUUCUCUAAGGACGAGUCACUUUUUGGUGGCUGCUACACCAAAGACCUAUCGGUGUGCAAUCUGGGUGGGGAGGAGGACAAAAGUGUCCAGAGUAAAAACCGCUCAAAGAGCGAGACCCUGAUGGGAUCACUGAAGAGAAGGUUAUCCGCAAAGCAGAAAGCAAAGGGCAAAGCUGGGUCCUCCAUCACUGGCUCAGCGGACGAUGAGGACACCAUCUCCUCAUCUGUGCCCAUUAGCUUCAACGAGGUGAAAGCCCAGAGACCGCUGAGAUCUGCAUCCCUAAGGAGUCACCACUACAGCCCCUCACCAUGGCCUCUUCGGCAAGUCAACUCUGAUGACGGCUGUAUUAAGAUGGAGGUCAAAGUUAAAGCCAUGGUUCACUCUCCUAGCCCUAGCCCCAACUUAAAUGGACUCCGAAAGGAAUUCAGCAAUUUUCAGAUGGAUGCGCUCUUUCAGGACCAAGCCGAAUCCUUAAAGCAGUCCCAAAAUGGUGACCUGCAUUUAAAUAUUGAUAAUGACGUGCCUGUGGUGCUGGGGUUAACACCCCAAGACUACAUCCAGUACACAAUGCCUUUAGAUGAGGGAAUGUACCCAGAAGGGUCUCACUCCUUCUGUCUGGACAGCUCCUCUCCUAUGGAGAUGGUGGCUGAGGCAGACAUUGGGUCCCCCCUGGUGGACCAGGGACACGAGGAACAUGAAAUGGUGGGCUCUUUGCCUCCAGAUCUUUUUAUGGAAACCUCAGUUAAUAGUCUUCUUAUCGGUUCUGCUCGCUUAAUGCUCCAAAGCUCAAGAGGAGAGGUCCCGCCUCCUCUCUCUCCCCUUUUGCCUCCCAUGACCAGUAAUGGACAUAUCCCCAGGACUUUUUCAGGCUUCAGCUCUUCAGACAGUCAAGUUGCUGAGAGAGUUAGACACCACCUCAACUUUGACCCGAAUUCGGCUCCUGGGGUCAGCCGAGUGUACGAUUCUGUCCAAAGCAGCGGGCCUAUGGUGGUGACCAGCCUGACAGAAGAGCUGAAGAAGUUAGCGAGGCAGGGCUGGUACUGGGGCCCUAUCACACGCUGGGAGGCAGAGGAAAAACUAAUCAAUUUAGCCGAUGGCUCGUUUUUGGUCAGAGACAGUUCGGACGACAGGUACUUGCUCAGCCUGAGUUUCAGGUCCCAGGGCAAAACGCUUCACACCCGCAUCGAACACUCUAAUGGACGCUUUAGCUUUUAUGAGCAGCCGGACGUGGAAGGACACACUUCUAUUGUGGACCUAAUUGAACAUUCUAUAAAAGACUCUGAGAAUGGUGCUUUUUGUUACUCAAGGUCUCGCUUACCAGGGUCUGCAACCUACCCUGUCAGACUAACUAACCCUGUAUCUCGUUUUAUGCAAGUGCGCUCCCUUCAGUACCUUUGCCGCUUUGUCAUUAGACAAUACACAAGGAUAGACUUGAUUCAGAAACUGCCCUUACCCAACAAGAUGAAAGAUUACCUGCAGGAGAAGCACUACUGAGGCCACACAGCAGUCCUGGCCGUUUUGCACUUUUGUGUUCAGUUAAGCGUACACAAGGUUUACAGACAAAUAACAAUUUGAGAUAAUUGGUUCUACAUGGAGGCUCUGGUCUAGAGUUCAACACAACACAAACCAUCACGAGUUGCCCAAUGAAGUGCUGACAUUAGCCAUAUAUUAUAUGGAGUAUUAGGAGAGGAAAAAAUAUUUUUUGCGAUUAUAGAUUGAAGUAUAGGUUGUAUUCACCUGGUGUCGCGUCCGGCUCAUUAACUAUGCGAGGCUCAAAGUGGUGGGUCAGUGAGCGUCUGUUGGCAUAGCGUUCUGGGUGGCAUUUUGCCUUACUCAAAGAAUAAUGCCCUAUGCUUGUUCUUUUCGGCUUUUGGAACUGCAUAAAUCGUGAAAAGGAUAAAAGUUUUUUCAGAUUUAUUGAGAGGUAAUCAAAAAUGGCGAAAUAUGUCAAGAUUUUACGAAAGAUGACGAGAAAAGUGGCAUGCACUACAGUCCCGAGGGAGAAGAGACAAGAAACACACACGUUUGCAGUAAUCACAUUGUAAAGGUUUGUUUGAUAUAUUUUAUCGUUUAGUGUUUCCCAUUUAAUUAUCAUCUUGAUAUUAUUUGUAUUUUAUCUUGUUUUGGAGUUUUAAAAGCGCAGUUUUGCUACGAGUGUUUCGUAAACCAACUCGGUGAGCCUAAAUAAAAGAGAAAUCAAAUGUGAGCAAAACCUAAAAUUGUUAAGCUUUUACCAAAGGCAGCAUUGUAAAUCAAGCUUUCAGCACAUACACAACAUUGAGGUCUAUAGUUAUAUUUUGAUAAAGAUGGUGGAAAAUACACAUACUUGUAACGGCGCAAUGAAAUUAAGGCAACAGACAUGGCUAUAAACGCGACGUUAAAUCAUGAAAUGCAACGUUACCCGAGCAAAAACAAUGCAUGUUUUAUCCAGGAUAAUCUUCAUAACAAUUUCCUUGACUGAGCCACACACAAAGAAGUUGUAGACAUCUGUGCUUUUUGAAAAUGUCAUGUUUUGUCGUGUAGAAUGACAUGUUUGUGAACGUGACCGAAGGCUAAUCCUUGACAUCACUCGGAAAAUCUUUUUUUGAUAAUUUACAAGGAUACAUUUCAUUGCAUAGUUUGCAUUGUUUGCUUGUAUCAGCUUUUAGUGGCAAGAUCAAGACCACUUGCGUACUUCGAUAGUUUUCACACUGUUUGCGUGUGUGUUUGGCAAAGUAGCCAUGUUGAUUUUGUGGCCCACCACUUUGUGUACUUCUGUUUAAAAGUCACAUUACUGAAUACAACCUAUAUCAUGAUUAAUUUGGUGAUUUAAGGACUUUACCAUUGAACUAAAACAUCACUUAUUGUAUAACACAGGCACAACUCCAUUGAGACUGACCAAUUGUGAACAUUAUUUAUUGGACUUUCAGAGAGCAUGUUCAGAUAUUCAUGUUACCCUGCAUUCGUUUUGUUAAACAGAUUAUUGGCAAAUUGCUGUAUGUAUUUCCAUCAUAAUUUAAUCUGCUCAACACUGUUGCGCUACAGAUGACACGCUACAAAUUAGUGCUUCAGUAUGGUCAACUGGUAAAUGCUUUGUUUCUAAGGUAGAACCUGAGAAAGCACAACGAUGUAUAAGGAAAGACAAAAUCAAACAGCACUGAAAUAUGAACGUCAUGCUCUGUCACAAGUGGGACAUGUCCAAGUAGUCAUAGUGGUCGCUGGUCCGGAAUUUAGGCAUACUUAAACCAACAAGGAGCUUUAAAUUAGCAUCUGGCUGUGUGGAAGCCAUUCUAUAUUAUGCAAGUCAAACGGUACUGAUGAUGCUGGAUUUUUUGUUGUUGUUGUUUUUGGAAAUAACCGUGUGUUCAUGCUUUGAGCUACAAUUCAGUGGGAGAUACUUUGCUUGCUUGGUAUUCACAAAAUAAUAUUCUGAAUUUUUUUUACGAAUGCAACCAUAUGCUAAAGUAGUUUUUCUACUUUCAUCCCCCAUUUAUGAUGUCCACAUUUUGUCUUCUGGACUCAAAGACAACAAAUGAAUGCCUUAGAUUUUAGUCUUUAAUUGGUACACAUCAAAAAUUAAAAUAAUAGGUCCUUUUUUAAGUAUUUAAAAACAAUUGGGAAUAUCUUAAAAGCUAAACAGCAGGUAGAGUUGUUGCACUUUUUAUUAGUCUUAUUUGCAUGUUUUGAAGGCUACAACGGUCAACCUUAGUAAGAAAAGAUGUCACAGUAGAAGGUUAAACAUUUUUCUUUAUAAGGUAAACCGCGACUUGACCUAAAUUUGUAUGGAAGUAUUUUAGUCUCUAAUGCAGGCACUGCCCUGGACCCUGAUCAAAUGAAUCCCUCGAAAUUGUUUGAGCCUUGUGUGAAAGGAUUUGGUAAAGCCAGGGUUGGCUUGAUGUCAAGGUCCCAGCUUAUGUCAAUUCCACUACAGCUGCUUAGCAUCAUUAGCACGAUAAAUGAAUACAGUUUCGCGUCAGCCUGUAAUUUCUUCAGAGCGGGGAUCUCACUUGUGGUUAACAUAUAUAUUACACUACAAUCACACAUGGGGGAUCUUCUACUAUAGUGAAUCCUAAACAGCUGUGCUAACUCUUAACAUGUAACUUUAGCAACCUCAAAACACUCUUAACAUGCUUUGUGGCACCUUUUUACAAAUAGUUGCUCAAAGUACAUGUUGAGGUAACAUAGUGUAUGAGUUAUCUACCCGUUGCAUUGUGAUGGUUAUAAUGUUUUCUUCUUUUGACUAUGUUGAGUAAUUAUCUCCUGCUGUUGGCUACUGUUGGCCUAAUUAAAGAGCAACUUUAAGGAAGCUGAAGUGUCUGACCAUCCUCUGGCAAACUCCACAGUGUCAAAAUAUGAAUUUUACUCAAGGUCUCCAGUAGCUCAGGGUCACUAGCUGCUGGUAGAAGUAGUUGAAAAAUGUAGUCAUGUGGCUAAAAUGUGAUUCUGAAGUGAAUUCAGUACUUUAUGCGGCCCAACCUCUCACCCAGACCUUACCUCCAGCAGCCCCCAGGGUAAAUUGAGUUUGAGACCCCUGCUCUAAAAUUUAGGAAAAGCACAUACCGUAUUUUCCGCACCAUAAGGCGCCCUGGGUUAUAAGCCGCGCCUUCAAUGAACAGCAUAUUUCAAAACUUUGUCCACCUAUAAGCCGCCCCGUGCUGAAAGCCGCAUCUAACUGCGCUAAAGGAAUGUCAAAAAAACAGUCAGAUAGGUCAGUCAAACUUUAAUAAUAUAUUAAAAACCAGCGUUCUAACAACUCUGUUCACUCCCAAAAUGUACGCAAAUGUGCAAUCACAAAUAUAGUAAAAUUCAAAAUAGUGCAGAGCAAUAGCAACAUAAUGUUGCUCGAACGUUAAUGUCACAACACACAAAAUAAACAUAACGCUCACUUUCUGAAGUUAUUCUUCAUUCAUAAAUCCCUCGAAUUCUUCUCCUUCGUGUCCGAAUUGAAAAGUUGGGCGAAUGUGGGAUCCAAAAUGGCCGGCUCCGUCUCGUCGAAGUAAUCGGAGUCAGUGUCACUGUUGUCCAGCAGUUCUGUGAAUCCUGCCUUCCGGAAAGCUCGGACCACAGUUGUGACCGAAAUAUCUGCCCAGGCAUUUACGAUCCACUGGCAGAUGUUGGCCUCGUCUGGCGCUGUCUCCCUGUCUUAGUGAAGGUGAUGUUGGCGUCGUCUGGCGCUGUCUCCCUGUCUUAGUGAAGGUGUGUUCGCCUUCUGUCAUCCACUGUUCCCACGCAGUUAGCAGUCUAGCUUCGAAUGCCCUGUUGACACCAAUAUGUAGCGGCUGGAGGUCUUUUGUCAAUCCACCCGGAAUGACGGCGAGUAUUGAAUUAAGCGCGUAAGCGUGUCUCUUAAUGUGAUGUUAUGAGCUAGCAAAUAUAACAACUACACUACCCAGCAUGCAACGAUAGUGACGAGCAUGCGCGGUAGCCCUGAGAAGCGUUGUAUGCUGGGAGUUAGAAUGUGGUUAUGAGCACGCUGUGAGUAAACGUUGAGAACUCAGUUAACACGCCUCGUCUGCAUUAUUUAUAAUUAGACAGACAACACACUUAAUAGGAGCCAUUUUGGGGUCUUUACAUAAACACACAAAUGGAAAUGAAACGUCACAUAUCCCAGCAUGCACCGCGCGCUUCUUCUACGGGGAAAAAAGAUGGCGGCUGUUUACCGUAGUUGCGAGACCGAAACUUUAUGAAAAUGAAUCUUAAUAUUUAUCCAUAUAUAAAGCGCACCGGGUUAAAAGGCGCACUGUCAGCUUUUGAGAACAUUUGUGGUUUUUAGGUGCGGCUAAUAGUGCGGAAAAUACGGUACUUCACUGCACAAGUGCUUUAUAUGGAUACCUUGAUAGGAAUUGUUUUUCACAAUAUUUAUGUGCAUCUAUUUUGACACUAGUGUCCUUAAAAGUACUUGGAGACAGACCCUCAGACUAGUUUGGUAGGCCGUUUGCGCAUAGUUCUAGUUAGUUGAAAACGUUGGUAUCUGAGGACCAGGAGUUGAAUGGUGUUGCACGUUAAAAGCCUUUCCAAGGUUUGAGUUGUAUAGCAAUUAGGGAUGUAACGAUAAGAACAUGUAUUUUCAUGUUUAUUGGGACUUAAAUUAUCACAGUUAUCAUUAUCGCGGUAUUCUUUAAUGUGCUCAAAAAUACUUAACAUAAAAUCUUUAGAUUUUUUAAAUGGCUAAAAUAAAUAGACCCACUGUUAGAAAGCCCACAAUUUGUAAUGUUAUUGUUUCUUAUAUUUCACUAACUGUUUUAGUAGGCGUUUUGGUGUCCUACUCUGGUUACUGGUCCUUGAACGCAGCGUAAAAACAUCUCAAUGUCAUAUUCCUUUUGAGUAAAUUCCGAUCACUCGAAGAGCACAGCUUUUAGCCUUAAUGUGCACAAUUGAAUAGCUUAGUUGCUCAGACAGUAUUGUGUUUUUACAACUUUAGAUUGGAGUAUGUAAUUUUUUAAUGAGGAAUGACAUUAAAUUCGCUAAUUCAUGUUAGCUUUUAAGCUAGCGCCAGAAAUCAAAAUUUAAAACGAUAAUACCAACAGUCGAGAGUUUUACCACAAUUAGCUUUAAUACCGUUUAUUGUUACAUCCCUAAUAGCAAUGAAGGAUUUAGGUAAUGCUAAACUAUACUGCAGAUGUUUUCUUUCUGUUAAACGAGUUGGACAUUCUGCGUGAACAUUUAUUUUAGAAUAUAUUUUAUUUUUAUUGACUUUUGCCAUCUUGGGGGAUUGAGGCUACAUGAAAAGAAUGAAAUAGAAUUAGGAAAACCAACUACAUUUGAAGAAAUAUGUUUUUUUUGCACUUGGAUACUCUUCUAAUACAUCCUGCCGAGAACUGUCCGUCCGCAUGAUAGCCGUUUUUCUUGUUACCAUCGAUGCUAACUAAUUUGUUUGGUGUCGUGUGUGUCCGACAUAGAGGGCGAUACACCAGCAUCCUGUCCAGGAAGGAGCUCAUGAAUGUGGAUGUGAUUGAAAUGUGAAUUUAAGAUUUUUUUAUUUUUUUU